UAUCUCCUCAUCCUGGUCAUUGGGAUUGUGCUUCUCCCUGAAGCCAGUACCCUGAGAUGUUAUGACUGCAUACCAGAAGUGACUGGAACCUGCAAUGAAACAACAACAUGUCCUACAGAGAAGAAUCAGUGUGCUGCAGUAAAUCUCGUGUCUAGAAUUUACAAUGACUACUGUUUCAUUGCAGGAGGUUCAGAAGUUUUCAAUGGCACAGGAAAAACAUGUGUUUUGCCUGAGGAGUGUGGCCAGCACUCAGUCAACUUUGGAGUCUUUAGAACCGUAGUUACCAGCAAGUGUUGUAACACCGACCUCUGCAACACCCAACCUGCCCCAGAGCCCAGUGAAACCAAUCCAAAUGGCAGAAAGUGCUUCACUUGUGUCGGACAAAUGUGUAACACAACUCUAAACUGCCUGGGGACUGAGGACAGCUGCAUCUCAGCAACAGUGAGUACAGGUGGCCAAAAUGUGACUUUGAAGGGCUGCGCCUCUAAGGUACUCUGCACAAACAAGGAAUUUCUUCGGGCCAUAGAACUCCUUGGAGCAGAAGUGAGCUGCUGUCAGGGCGACAGCUGCAACAGCAGUUCUAGUACAAGUGCUGGCCUCAUGCUGCUGGUGGCACCACUGAUCUCUUUGGUUCUGAGCUGAUGGAGAAAAAAGAAUCCACAGAUGUUCCACAGGUGUUCUCCACUUUUUAUCUUUGCCUAGGCUCAUUGUCCUUGCACCUGUGUCCUCACUCUUUCAAUUGAUGUGACGAUUAAGUAAGCAACUCCUCAAAAUAUGACUUUUAUAUUUCUGUAACUGUUUUUUUUUUUCAGAUGCUUCGUAUGAAAUCAGUAGCAUAGAAUUGUGAAUAGCA